UCCAUCCUCAUCUCCUUUUCUUCUUCGACAUCACCGACUCUCCUAUUCCGACUACCUCAACUUCUCUCUUCCUCUUCAAGAGACUCUGAAAGACCUCAAAUCAUCACCUGACCUCCACACACACAAACGCUCAAACCAGCCCUAUCCAUCAUGACUGCCGCUCUCCUCUCUCCCAAAUGCAAGGUCCCGCUCCACGUCGUCUAUGCGAUCCUCACAGUCCUCGCAAUCGGCCUGUCCGCGCCACGUCUCUUCAUGAAGAACCAGCCGCGAACUCGCGCGAAUACCAUUGCCCUCGGUGUUGGCGCCAAGUCUCUCAUCAUCCUGCAAUAUCAACUCCUCACCGAGCACGUCGCACGCCUCCGCAAAUGGCGCAGUCUAAAGGCUUUCACCAUCCUCAACUCCCUCGAGAUCGUCUUCUGGGCUGCCGUCGUCUUCCUCAUCAUCCAGGCCAACAUCAAGAUCUGCGUCGGCACCGGCUGCAUCCUGAGCUGGAUCGUCAUGGCGAUUGCCAUUCCCCUGAGCAUGCUGGCUGCGUGGGCGGCCGCCAUCUGCUGGGUUGAGUGGAGAGCCGAGAAAGCUGUCAAGAGGGGCAUCGUUGGUGGCGGCUUUGAUUCGAGGGAGAGCGAGGGUGAGACCUUGGAGGAGAGGCGCGCAUGGCCAAAGCAGAGGGUUUGAGCGUCACAUUCCGGGCGGUCGGAUCAGAGGUAGAGGGGGUAGAACCUGAUCGGGAGAUGGGGACGCAGUACCGUUGCGUUGGUGUUCAUAGAGGUCCUUGAGUUUUAUACC